AUGGAGUCAAAUGUUUUGAACGGAAGAAUAGCUCGUUGGCAAAUUUUGCUUUCUGAGUUUGACAUAGUCUACGUGAACCAAAAGGCUGUAAAGGGGAGUGCAAUAGCAGAUUUUCUCGCCAGUAGAGCUUUAGAAGAUUAUGAACUAUUGAGCUUUGACUUCCCGAAUGAAGACCUAAUAUACGUUGUGACCACGGAAGAAGACUCUCAAGAAGGUCACCUGUGGAAACUGAAUUUUGACGGAGCUUCAAAUGCUGUGGCAAUAGAACGUAAGAUUAAAGUGCUAGAGGUAUAUGGGGAUUCUGCAUUAGUGAUCUAUCUGCUUAAAGGGGAAUGGGAGACAAGAGACCCUAAGCUGAUCAAUUAUCGAAGGCUGCCUAUCCAAAUGAGUAUUUAUGAGACUUCGGCUCAUUGCUGCAACAUUGAAGAAGAAGAAGAGAAAGAUGAUCAUCCUUGGUACCAGGAUAUUUUACGAUAUGUGAAGAGUCGCGAAUACCCAGACCAAGCGACUGAGAAUGAUAAAAGGACACUAAGAAGGGUGGCUAGUGACUAUGUCUUGGAUGGAGAGAUCCUAUACAAGAGAAGGAAGGAUCAGGAAAGAGCUUAUCGGAGACCCCAUGACCACGUCGUCGAGCCCUCCUCUCCGUCAGCCGUCAUUGAAAUCGGGUCCAAGAGGGUGAAAAUCUCCUCUUCGGCAUCUUUGAGUUUUGGUUUCAUGGCUUUCAAGGAUGCUCCAAACGGGGCUAGAAAAGGGCCCUUUCGACACCUUGCCGGCCACCGGAUGUGGUGGUGGUAUGGCGAUCGAUGGCGACAAUGA